CGACGCCUGGAUUAUUGUUAGCAGUAGUUUUCAUGGUGAUGGCGCUUAGAUGGGAAGUGAUCUUCUUAUUAUUUCUUUCAAUCUACCUCUCGGAAAUAUUUUCAUAUGCAUCUGGAGCAGCACCUUGUGAGGAUCAUCACCCAAGGUGUGGCCAUUGGGCAUCUAGGGGAGAAUGCAAGAAAAACGUGAAGUGGAUGUCAAAGCACUGCCGAUCAACUUGUGGCCUAUGUGCGCAAGCUAAUGUUCAUGAUCUGUACAAACAAGCCAAAAUUGAGAUACAUGGAGCUUUUUUUCUGUUCUUUGGAAUUGUUGGCACAGUUGUGGUGGGAGUGUUCACUAAAAUACAUUUUGAAGGGCCAUCUUGUCCAAGUUCGGCAAAGAUGAGAGGGAAAACUGUGGUGAUAACAGGAGGAAAUACAGGCAUUGGCAAGGAAACAGCAAGAAUCUUGGCUUGGAGACAAGCCAGGGUCAUCAUCGUCUGCAGAAACAUCACAAAGGGCUUACAAGCUGCUGCAGAAAUCAUUGAAAACACUGGAAAUAGAAACAUAGAGGUGAAAAAAGUGGACUUAGCUUGUUUUAAGUCAGUACAAAGAUUUGCUGAAGAGAUAAUUGAGGAAGAAAAAAGAGUGGAUGUUCUGAUAAACAAUGCUGGCUACUUUGGGCCAUACUGUACAACAGUUGAUGGGCUUGAAAACACUAUUCAAGUCAAUUACCUUAGUCAUUUCUUGUUGUCACAUCUUCUCCUUGAUAAACUCAAAGCCAGUUCACCCAGUCGUAUUAUUAAUGUGUCAUCAAGGCAGCAUGCUGAGGUGUCACAAAUUGAUGUUGGCAAAGUCCUAUCACAAAAGAAGGAAGGUUAUGGAAUUAUCAAAGCCUACAAUAAUAGCAAAUUAUGCCAAGUUCUUUCCACCAUUGAGAUGAGCAAGAGAAUCAAAGGGUCAGGAGUCACCGUGAAUGUUCUUCAUCCUGGGGUUGUUGGAACUGAAAUUACAAGGAAUUUUAGAAUUCUUCAGAUGUGGAUUAUAAGACCACUCCUUUGGCUUGUGUCAUAUUUCUUUUUUAAAACACUGAACAGUGGAGCUCAGACAUCCAUCUACUGUGCAGCUGCAGAGGAACUCAAGGAUGUUUCUGGGAAAUAUUUUAAGGAUUGUGCAAUGGUUGAGUACAGUGAUUUGGCCAAAGAUGAAAAAAUAGCAGAAGAACUAUGGAAGGAAAGCAAAAAGCUUACAGGAUUAGACAAUCAAUGACCUCUUCAAUGGAAUCACACCAAGUUGUCUUUGUAGGAUGUUGUUUUCAAAGUUAUGUCUGUGCUUGGUUUUCCUCAAAGAGGUCAGUGCAGUUGUUUGUCUCUAGUUAACCCUCUAAGUUCUUGGAGCUGAUUCUUAAUUUUCCCUUCUGGCUGGCAUUCAUUUCAUUUUAAAUAAGUUAAGAGAAUUUGAUUCUUGAUUGAGAUUGUGCAAAUAAUUAGUAGCUGCAGUUUAAAAUUUUUAUCACUUUUGGGUUUUAAGGAUAAAAGUUUUCUAAACCUUUUUUUCAUUCAUGAAAACUAUUUGUGUAAUAUUGAUAGAAGGGAGAAUUGAAAAUAAGAUCUUAGGAGUUAAAUAAGUGAAACUGAUUUCAAGGGACUCAAGGGUUGUUGCCCAGUCAAAAAAGGGAAAUUGAUGCUUGUCAUGUAAAAGACUCGUGCUUCAAGUGCCAGUUUUCUGCUUGGUUAAUGUUGAACUGAAGACUCAUUGCUGAAAUAAUUAACAAUUAUUCUUUGAAAUCGAGGUGAAUAGUGGCUAAAUAUUUACCGUGCCACAAAGCGGUGCAGUAAAUAUUCCCAAAAGCCCCUAUUCACCAAGAUUGAAAAUAAUUGUUUUAGUAUAUACACACGAAGUCAUCUCAACAAAAUUAAAAGGAAGCCAUUUAAAGGCAA